AUGGUUUCUAUUGGUGAGCAUAUCGGGUUAUACACUGUUUUAAAUGCACCAAGAGAUAUUCACAUCAUUUUGAUCGCUAGAUGUACAAGACUUGCAGCCUUUGGUGCAAUAAGUUUGAUUUUGGUUCAGUUUCUGAAAACAAAAGGCAUCAAUGAAACUCAAAUAGGAUUUCUUUUAACAUUAACAUUAGUUGGUGAUUUAUUUUUUUCAUUUAUUUUAGCAUUGAUUUCAGAUACUUUAGGAAGAAGAAAAGUUUUGCUCUUAUCAUCAAUUUUAAUUUCAUUAACAGGUGCUCUAUUGCUAUAUUUUGAAAACCUUCUCAUAAUUUCAGUGAUCCUGAUAUUGGGUAUCGUUACACCAUCAGGUAAUGAAGUUGGACCUUUCAGGUCUAUAGAACAAUCUGCAAUUUCAAGUCUAACAAAAUAUGAGCAUAGAUCUGACAUCUUUUCAUGGUAUACUUUCACUGGUGGUAUAGCCGCUGGACUUGGAUCAUUUAUUGUUGGAAAAUUGGUCAAUGAGAACAACUAUAAUGCUUGCUUUCUGUUUUAUAGCAUUAUUGGACUGUUACUAGUUGGUCUCAAUUUUUUGUUAUCUGAGCAUAUUGAAUUAAAGAAUGAUAUUUCGUUGAAAGAGGCUCGUGAUAAUGAAUCAAGCUCUGAAAGUGAACCUUUGAUCCCAGAAACUGCAAGUGAUGAAUUACAAGUGCAAUACAACAAUACAGAUGUUCAACAAGAACGCCAAAGAUCAGUAUUCUCAAGACUCCUUCCUUCUGUUUCUACUAAAUCUUUGGAGACUGUUCUCACUCUGACAGUAUUGAUUUCUUUAGACUCAUUAGGUUUAGCCCUUAGUACAAAAUCAUGGACAUCCUAUUAUUUCAAAGUCAAAUAUAAUCUUUCAUCUUCAACAUUAGGUCUAGUUUUUGGAACAGCAAGUAUUGGUGGUGCGUUAAUGGCUCUUGUUGGUACAUAUUUUUGCAAAAAGUUUGGUCCAAUCAAAACAAUGGUGUCUUUCCACUCAGUCUCCUCCAUACUAUUAUCUGCAAUGUCUCUUCCUUUGAGAUUACAUGAAAUGGUUACACUAUUUAUAAUCAGAGGCCUUAUAAGGACUGUUGAUUUACCAUCAAAGCAUGUCUUUAUUUCAGCUGUCGUCGAGCCAUCAGAAAGAACAGCUGCCAUUGGGUUUAUAAAUGCAACGAAAACUUUGGUGAACACAAUGGGUCCUACAAUCAGUGGAUAUAUGGCGUCUCAAGAUAAGAUGUGGUUGUGUUUCUUAAUUGCUGGUGCUUUAAGACUUUCGUAUGAUUUUGGACUUAUAGUAAAAUUUUGGAAUUUUAAAGCAUGA